CUUCCGUUGCGUCGAGUGCCAUGUGUGGGCGUACGGCUUGAUGGCAGCACACUGGAAGCGACUCCUUUCUUGCCGGGUAUCGGAGCGAAAUGAUCUCCGCACCCCCAGAUAAACAUGAAUAGUGUGGUUUUUGCCAGGAAAGUCCACUCGCUCUUCAAGUCUUGUAAUCGUCAUUACGCCCAUGCGACGAAGCACAGCACUGACAGGAGCACAAGGAUGAUGCAGUCUUUCAAAGGAAUUCCUGAGCUUUGCCUGCAUGUACCAAGACCCUUAUGGCUUAUACCAGCCUCCAGAAUGGUGCGAUGAUGUGGGCGGCACCUGCGAGCCUUCGUACAAUAUAGCUCCCACAAGCUAUUGCCCGGUGCUCGUCGACCACAGUAAGCUUGAGGACGGCAUGCCACCUAAGAGGGUGUUGGCCCCUAUGAGGUGGGGACUCCUGCCAAGCUGGUAUCAAGGAGGCCUGGCAGACUUCAAGCUGAACACAUUCAACUGCCGGGUGGAGGGCUGCCAGAGACGAAACUGUUACCAGCCUGCCAUUGCAUCGGGCCGCCGUUGUGUGGUCCUUGCCGAAGGUUACUUUGAGUGGAAGAAGCCCUCGUCUGGCGAAAAGAAGGAGCCAUACUUCGUCUAUUUCAAGCAGCCAGCAGGCAUCUCUAUGGUCACGCGGGACUGGGACUGUGAUGGAAAGGAGAAUCUCCUCCAGGGUGGCUGUUGGCGAGGUCCCAAGCUGCUGACAAUGGCGGGCAUAUUCGACAAAAAUGCAGGUGUCUACUCAUUCAGCAUCUUGACCAUGCGUGCCCCUGAAUACAUGGCUUGGCUCCAUGACAGAGUGCCUGUCGUGCUUGAAGAAGAAGCGGUCAAUGCCUGGCUGGACCCAGUUCAUGACACUAUGCAGCUGAUUCAAUCAGUUCAUUUUCCAAGCACACUUGACUGGCACCAGGUUGGCAGCCAAGUUGGGAACACCCGUAACAAAGGCAUGGACUGCGUUCUUCCCGUUAAAAAGACGGAAAGCAAGCAAAAGCGAAGCGUGUUGGAUGCCUGGCUUCUCAAAGUGACAACAGAGAAAGCUGGGCCUAGCACAAGCACCAGCACACGAAGCCAGUCUCCUUUGAAUGCUGAACCAAAGGACGAACCUGCACUGCAGGUGAAGGGAAAGCCAGGGCCACAAGGAGCAGCGGUACAAGUCAAGGAAGAGCCAGGGGUUCAAGAAGCAGCUUCAGAAGAAAAGCAAGAAGGAAGUGCUCAAGGAAAAGAGGCAUCAGCGCAGCAGCCAGCAACUGAAAUGAAAGUGGAGGCAAAGGAGCUAGUCAAUGCUGAAUCAGUUAUGCAACUGAAGGAAGAGGGAGGAGUACAACAACAACAAAAAAAAAGGCGAUUGGACUGAUAGAAAAAAUGUACAGUUACAAGGUCACAUCUGCAGUCAUUUGUAGCUCUCUUUUUUCUUGAAGCUCUUUAAUGCAGAUCAAAUGCCCGUGUUUAAAUACAGUGCAUAAGUUCAAAGUACCUGAAUAGUAUAAUGUUACUGUGAUAUUUUUAUUUUCAUGACAGCAAGGAUUGUAAGCCCCAGUCAUUGCACAGUUUACGGCAGUGUAUGAAUAUUCUUCAUGAAAAGUAUUACUACUACAAUUUUUAGUGCACUACAGUUUUUAGUACAGUGUGUUCAAAUAAAUUUGCAUUAUUGUUUUA